UGGCAAACGAAGAACAUGAAUAAAUUGAUUAUCCUUUGUUUGUACAGUCAUUAUCGACAGCUGCUAAUAACUCGUUUAAACGAUAUUGAUAAUUCCUUUCACAUUAUUAUGGCAUAAUAAUAUUAUACUCCAGACAGUGAAUAUGGUUGGCGGUUUCAGUGUCAGGCGUUCAUAUAGCAUAAUGAUGUUGCUGUUCAUGCACUUCUAGCAGAUCUUGUGAAAAUGUUUGUCCACCUGAUGAUAAUGGUCUAUUAGAGUCCGUUGAAAUAACAAGUACAGUAUAUAUCGACUAUUACGAUGAUUGAUAUAAUAAGCUCUUUCUGUGUGAUAUGUAGCAAAGUAUUAAAUAUACUCUGUAGAACCAGGAGGUAUAGGCAUACACAUACACGUAUGCAUGGAAUUGAGUCCAGCUCCACAGAGACCGGUCCAAGUACACUGUUUGUGCUUCGCCGAUGUAAUUAACAGUGUCCCUUUAAUGCAGGGGGCGCCAUUUUUCUUCACUUACAUUAGAGGAGGCGAGUUUAUAGCUGUAAAUGUUGGAUGGAGUUAUAUCCUGUGUCACGUGACAAUGUCUGCCUUAUCCGCACGCGCAUUAGCCGAACAUGUUGACUGCAUAAUAGGAGGAAAAUUGCGAUACAUAUUUACGUCAAUAUUUCCCGCAGUUUCUGUUGAUGACUACUCAAAUUGCCUUGCACUUGCAGUAGUGAUUGUUGCCAUUGGGUAUGUUGCCAUAGGAGCAAAGCGCACUAAUGUAUCGCACUACUCAUCUGAUGUCACUGCUAUUUUCGCCUUACUGCUAAUAGUUGCGGUUGGCUACAUAAAAGGAGAUGGGGACAAUUAUUCCAAAGGAGUCCCCUUUCUCAACCAUGGACAAGAAGGGGUGUCUAAGGUAGCUGCCGUGUGUUUCUAUCUAUUUACUGGAUUUGAGGCUAUAACAACUAUCAUACGUACGCCAUACAAGCGCAUGAUUCAGAAACAAGUCACAUCAUUUAUGGCAAGCUCUCUAUUUAAUUUUGUAGCAUUUAAUUUAGCUGCAAUAUCUAUGCUUUUUAUAGUUUCCUCGGACAAGAUGCACAAUAAUUGCUCUUUUGGCAGUUUUGGAUUUGACGGACAGCGAUGGUUGGAGAUUUUUGUUAAUUUAUUAUCUUUACCAGCACUUGGCGUUGUCAUGGCAACUAAUUUAUUUAUUGCGGUUCAUUCAGUUUACUUGAUGUCAAUAGAGGGAAUAAUACCG